GCACGCGAGGCCGCGGGAGAGGUGGGCGCGCCGCGUCCCAGGUGCGACCGCCGAGCGCCUCCCGGAAGCCCUCCUCGCGCCGCGGGGUUCGGAUUGGCUCGGGCGGCGAGGUCGGCGAGGUCGAGACCCUUUCGGCGCCUUCCCAACCCCACCCCCCUCGACCCGCCCCGCGGCGGUGGCGAUGCCGUAGAGACGCGGGCGCGGGGCCGGGCGGGGGCAUGCUGGCCGGGCGGCGGGGCGCGGGUGGCAGCGCGCGGGGGCCCGAGCGGCGCCCGGCCCGGGGCGCCCGGGGGCCGGAUGGCGGAGCCCACGCGCGCCGCGGAGCCGGGGAGGUUUGCGCUCCGCUCGCCGCGCUGCAGGGAGGGCGCGGUGCCAGCAGCGAGCGCCCAGGGACCCAAAAAGAAAGCUUUUUAUUUGCCGAAGAUGAAGCCCCUGAAGGAGCCCGCCCCCAACAACAACAACGUGUCCUUUGUGAUCCAUUGUCAACUGGGCAAGGAGAUCAAACACAUUUGCAGCAACUGCAGUCGGGGGGAGGACGCCCGGGACGCGGAGGAAGUGGAGAGGCUGGCGGCCAUGCGUUCUGACUCCCUCGUGCCAGGUACCCACACCCCACCCAUCCGGAGGAGGAGUAAGUUUGCCAACCUGGGGAGGAUUUUCAAGCCCUGGAAGUGGAGGAAGAAGAAAAGCGAGAAGUUCAAACACACAUCUGCAGCCCUGGAAAGGAAAAUAUCAAUGAGGCAAAGCAGAGAGGAGCUUAUAAAACGAGGGGUUCUGAAGGAAAUCUAUGAUAAAGACGGGGAGCUCUCCAUAUCCAAUGAAGAGGAUUCCCUGGAAAACGGACAGUCCCUGAGCUCCAGCCAGCUGUCUCUGCCUGCCCUGUCCGAAAUGGAGCCGGUCCCGAUGCCCAGGGAUCCCUGCUCAUACGAGGUGCUCCAACCUUCAGACAUCAUGGAUGGGACAGUGUCUGAAGAGAGUCCCUCUGCCAGUGAGUCUGGAGCCCUCCUGUCCCAAGAUCCUUCAGCCAAACCAGUGCUGCUACUGCCCCCCAAAAAACCUGCUGCUUUCUCUGGAGACCAUGAGGAGACCCCAGUGAAGCAGCUGUCCCUUCUCAAGCAGCCCCCCGCCCUGCCUCCCAAACCCAGUGCCAGGAUUGCCAACCACAUAACAGAUCCUGGCGCCCCUGUGAAAUUGCCUUGUCUGCCAGUGAAACUGUCCCCUCCGCUACCUCCAAAGAAAGUCAUGAUCUGUAUGCCUGUAGGGGGGCCAGACCUCUCCCUGGCGUCCUACGCGGCCCAGAAGAGCGGCCAGCAGAGCGGGGCCCAGCACCACCACACGGUCCUGCCGUCCCAGAUCCAGCACCAGCUGCAGUACGGCAGCCUCGGGCCGCACCUGCCCUCCACCACCGGCUCCCUCCCCAUGCACCCCUCCGGCUGCAGGAUGAUAGAGGAGCUGAACAAAACGCUGGCCAUGACCAUGCAGAGGCUGGAAAGCUCUGAGCAGCGGGUCCCCUGCUCCACUUCUUACCACAGCUCUGCUUUGCACUCCGCUGAUGGCGUCACAAAAGCAGGACCUCUGGGCCUUCCGGAAAUAAGACAAGUGCCAACCGUCGUGAUUGAAUGUGAUGACAAUAAAGAAAACGUGCCUCAUGAAUCCGACUACGAAGACUCUUCCUGCCUCUACACAAGAGAAGAGGAAGAGGAGGAGGAGGAGGAGGAGGGUGACAGCUCUCUGUAUACCACCUCCCUGGCCAUGAAGGUGUGCAGGAAGGACUCCUUAGCCAUCAAACUCAGCAACAGGCCCUCCAAGCGGGAGCUGGAAGAGAAGAACAUCCUCCCCAGGCAGACGGAUGAAGAGAGACUGGAGUUGAGGCAGCAGAUCGGCAGCAAGCUCACGAGGCGGCUGAGCCAGAGGCCGACCGCGGAGGAAUUGGAGCAGAGGAACAUUCUAAAACCUCGGAAUGAACAGGAGGAACAAGAGGAGAAAAGAGAAAUCAAGAGGAGGUUAACUCGAAAGCUCAGCCAAAGACCCACAGUGGAAGAACUUCGAGAAAGAAAGAUCCUCAUCCGUUUCAGUGACUACGUGGAGGUGGCUGACGCUCAGGACUAUGACCGCAGGGCCGACAAACCAUGGACCCGCCUCACCGCUGCCGACAAAGCUGCCAUUCGAAAGGAGCUCAAUGAAUUUAAAAGCACUGAAAUGGAAGUUCAUGAAUUGAGUAGACAUUUAACAAGGUUUCACCGACCUUAACAGUCAAAUUCUUCCUGAGUGCUAUGCUGUCUUCGAAACAUAAAUUUAUAAGAACCAUAAGUGCUGGUAUUUAUUCACUUCCCCAUUAUGAUGUAAAUCUUCUGAACUGCCUUUUUUUAAAAAGAAGAAGAAGAAAAAGGAAACCCGAUCAGGAUUCUCUUUGCGAAAGCCCAGUGGUCACCACUCCGCGGUCAGAGCUGCUGGUACCGCCGCGGACUCCGAGGGCACCGGCAGGCCAGAGUGGAGACUUCCCGGCGCUCGGAGCGGUCCUGGUCCUCUCCCUCCAGGCCUGGCAGGUGCCGUGUUCAUUGAGGCUCCAGCGAACCUCUUCCCCUCAAGUGUCUGUCACCUGGGUCCAAAGAAAGCUGAGGCGGUGGGUUCGGCCUGGAAUGGACUGUGCACAUGGUCUGGUCGGCUUUCUAGACUUGGCCAAACACACUGGCUCCGGGUGUGGCGUCCGACCUGGGGGCCUCUUAGGAGGAGGAGGCUGAGAGGGAGCACUGUUCUCAGUCACCCCUGUCCUUUCUCUCCCCUCAGCCGUCAUCCAUACCGUGAACAAAAGGGAAGAUGCUUUUCUGGGGGAGUCUGUGGUCGACUGUCUGUCUCGAGAGUGUGUGGGCUGCAGGUAUGGAAGGCCGGCACUGAGCACCUAUCCUGUCCCCUCAGACUGAGCGGAGCUGCCUCCCGGGAAGCUCUGGUGUGCACAGGGGAAGUCGUCAUCUGCUCAGUUCGAAUUAAUUGACCCAUCUGUGUUAAAAAAGCCAAAUGUCACGGGUGGUCUUGUGCACCCGGCCACUGCUGUGGGACGCCCGUGGCAUUGGUGCAUCUGAGUGUAAGCCUGGUGAGGACGGAGAGGCUGGGGAGAGAAACUGCUUGGCUGACGUUCGUUUUCUCCACGCACCCCAGGGCCAGUGACUGUAUGGGUUGGAAGGUAACAGCUUCUGAGUGUAGGACCAAUGCAUGCAAGCCAGAAACCAUUCCUGAAAGGCCGGCUCGCCGGUCUCUGACGGACUGGGACUCCAGAACCACCCGAUGGCCUUCUAGUCUCCUUUCUUUGCACUGAAGAGUUUCUGUGGAGGGCCUUCAGGGUUCGGCAUAUGCCGGAAUGGCGCAAACACCAGCCACACCUGCCCGUGCUGUACCUUCCUGCUCCUACCCAUCUGGAGAGCAUCCUUCCUCUCCCUCGUGGUGCCGGUAAAGCUGAUGGGAGGUGUAUCUCUAGCUGUCCCAUUCGCUUGGGACCACAGGAAGGCAGUGCCCUCCUGACGGGGACACCCCGGGUAAGAUGUGCAGUGAGUGGAAGGACAGCCCCCAAACCCUAACCACUCUCUUCACGGGGCCCGUCGCGGCUGCUUCUGUUUUCCUGCCUGACAGACCCUGUAGGGCCCUCUGUCACCAAGCCCUGCCUGGACCUCCGUCGUGGUCUCACAGUUACCGUGAUUUUUCUCGGUAAUGGCUUGCUCUCCUCCACACAUGCCCGAGAUUUAGAAAGAUCCCAGACUGGCCUUCACAGAAAGGAGUUGACCAGUUCCCACCCCAAAACGUGUGGGAAGCAAGUCACUCUUGGGAUGCACACCCAUCGGCGAGGCCGUUGAAUUUUCGGCAGGCAUUAACAGCCCCUGUGGCUGCCGUUAACCCAGGAGCUGUGCAGAGUCCGGGGGGAGCUCAGGGCAGUUCUUCAGGCAGUGCCCAGUAGCCGUCGCGAAGUUGUCCCCGUACCACCGGGAGUGAGCACGCCACUGCCUGGCCCAAGGAGGGGCCGUCACUAGAUCCUUUUCUCUUUGAAUGUGGAAUCUGAUAGUUCAGGGAAAACGUGGUCGGGAUUUUAGCGUGGCUGUAAACACAGUCUUCCCGAAAGGCUUACUGACGUUUGAAUGUGCAAAUGGUGUGACGAAAGAUGUAGGGCUCUUUCGUUUAACUUCUCUACAGCGGGCACGUGUUCCAGGCGGAGGUGCCUGCCUUGCCCGGGUUGGAGUCUGAGCUUCCUGUAACUCACAGCUGUCUUCAUGCGGCUCACGGGGCUCUGACAUGAUGGCCAGGCCUUCCGCGGGCCCAGGAGCGAGUCCUACGGAAACUCAUUCCAUCGCCUGGACUCCUCCCUCGAAGGCCAAUGGCUUCUUUGCUGGCUUUGGUUUUUGGGCCUCUGAUGCCCUGGGAACGUGACGCCCAAGUCCGUUUCCUGCAGCCAGCCAGCAGCCCAGGUUUCCUGCCCAAAGUGCCCUGUUCUUGCAGUCCGCUUGGAGCUGGGGAGAAAUUGAACACAAUUUCAGCCUCCAUCCCCGAAGAGCACCCUUUGGGAGAAGUCAGUCGCAGGAAUUAGGGGUGCACCUGCUGUGCUACAGAAAUCCCACCCGCCAUCAAGGUGGGCGAUUAUUUCAAGUCCAGCUCAGGGGGCUCUGCCACCUCCGUGGACCACAGGUUGGCCCUCUGCCGCCGCCUCCCUUUCAUGAAAUCCUGAGGUCUUUCUAGAAAUCUAUCCCAAUUUCUUUUUUUUUUGCCAUAUCGUUAGGACAACUGGAAGAGGUGUUACUUUCUAAGAUGGCAAAUUGACAAUUACAAAAAAAAAAAAAGAGAGAGAGAUGGGCUAGAUGGUUUAAAAUGCAUCCCCUUUUCUGAAAAAGCUGCGAUUCUCAAAGGUCUUGUGCGUGUCAGUUCCCAGUUGAGCCUUCUGUCCUCUGGGUCAGUGUGAGGAAGAAUGUGAAGUUUCUCAAGAGGUUUCCCUCUUGAAAGCAGACAUUGCCCCAUGCUCCGCACCACCUCCUGUGGCAGAAGGGACUCCUGUUGGCCUCCUUGCUGUGUUUCAAAAUUGCUGAUCGAUUCCUCUCCAAAGGCCCUCAAAGCCCUGUAAAACUUUUAAAACGUUAGCCUUUAUGUCCAAUUAGAGAAACCAAACAACGUGAUGGUAAGUGUGAUUAAAAAAAAAAAAAAAAAAAAAAAAAAAAAAAAA